AUGGAGUCUAGAAUCCAACAACUCAAACACUCGUUGCCCAAAGGCGACAAGAAACGAAAAAAAGACGUGAAUGCUGAAGUGGCUAAGUUAGAAGAGGAGUUAAGUGCAAAGCAGCAAAGCCAGCUCGAUGCACUGAGAGCUGAAAUGCAGAUUCAAGACGUUGCCAAUCUGACGGGAGAUCUUUCUGUGAAUGAUGAGAAUUGUCAACCGCCCAUUGUUGCCCCUAAGAAGCUCUCCAAAGCACAAAACAAAAGGGAGAAAAAGGCAGCUGAAGAGAGAAAGAGGGCUCAGCGUAUUGCAGAGCAAGAAAAGGAAAAUGCUUUUGGUGUUAGACACAUAGAAGGUGAAAAGAUGAAAGAAUUGCUUCAGUCAAGAAAUCGAGCAAUACAUGAGAUUCCUUCUGAUGGAAAUUGUCUGUACAACGCAGUCACACAUCAGCUACGGUUGCACGGGAUGGAGGCGACCAUGCAAGAUCUAAGAGAGCAGGUGGCCGGGCACAUGCGAAGUAAUCAGGAUGAAUUCAUGCCGUUUCUUUCAAAGCCAGACACGGGUGAUCCGUACACUGAAGAGGAGUUUGACAACUACUGCAGUGAAGUGUCGUCAACACCUGCGUGGGGCGGGCAGCUCGAGAUCCGUGCGCUGUGUGAGGUGCUACGACAUCCGCUGGAGGUCUUGCAGGCAGACGGACCUCCUAUUGUCGUCGGCACGGACUUUAAAACCGAGACACUCGUCAUCGCAUACCACAGGCAUGCGUAUGGGUUGGGAGCACACUAUAAUUCGACAGUCACUACUGAUGACAGCACUCCAGCAUCGUGACACUAGUGAGAUACGACAACGAGACUAUGCAUCUCGAUUAUAACACGCAGUCACAAUCGCUCUCCGCAUAAUAGAGUAGUACCAUUUUUAGCUCAUCUGACAUA